UGAACUCAGAGAUCCAGCAAAGUCAAUCACAUCCUUACUUCACUUUGAGUACUUUGUCUGUAACUCCCUUCGCCACGCCUCUUCUUCUUCUUGCUUGAGGUUAAUGGCUCAGACCCAACCAAAUGGCAGCCAGCACUACCAUCACCAUCACCACCAUCAUCACCACCACCUGCAGCCCUGCGAGGGGAAGCUGAUCACAGUCCUCAGCAUAGAUGGAGGAGGUGUUAGAGGCCUCAUUCCAGGAACCGUCCUCGCCUUUCUUGAGUCAAAGCUGCAGGAACUCGAUGGACCAGACGCGAGGAUCGCAGACUACUUCGACGUGAUCACAGGGACGAGCACAGGAGGAUUGCUCAGCGCCAUGAUCACUUCUCCAGAUGAGAACAAACGCCCCCUCUUCUCAGCAAACCAAGUCAUCGACUUCUAUCUUGAGAACAGCCCAAAGAUCUUUCCUCAAGGGAGUGGAAUGUUCAGCUCGUUGACGAAGCUGGUAAGCGCGAUCCGGGGGCCGAAGUAUGAUGGCAAGUUUCUCCACUCCAAAGUCAAGCAGUUGCUCACCGAAACAAAGCUAAGCGAGACCUUAACCAACGUAAUAAUCCCAACAUUCGACAUCAAGCUUCUUCAGCCCGUCAUCUUCUCAUCCUUUGAGGCAAGACACUCACCUCUGAAGAACGCUCAUCUCGCCGACAUCUGCAUAAGUACGUCGGCGGCACCAACGUACCUGCCGGCGCACUACUUUGAGACGACGGACUCCGACGGAAAAUCUCACAGCUACAACCUCAUCGACGGCGGCAUCGCCGCGAACAAUCCGACAUUGGUGGCCAUGAGCCAGAUCAAGAAGGAGAUCGCAUUGAUGAACAAGAACUUCGCUAAUUUCAAGUCGAUUGACUACCACAAGUUCAUAAUCAUCUCGAUCGGGACCGGCUCAGCUAAGGUGGAGCAGAAGUUUAGCGCACACUUGGCAUCCAAAUGGGGAGUUCUGCAAUGGUUAUAUCACGGCGGUUCCAACCCUUUGAUCGACAGCUUCUUCCAAGGAAGCGCCGAUGUGGUGGACAUCCACAUGUCUUCUCUGUUCCAGUCACUGAACUGCGAGAAGAACUAUCUCAGGAUACAGGAUGACACACUGAUGGGUGAGAGAUCAUCGGUGGAUGUUUCGACGGAGGAGAACCUGCUUGAGCUGGUACAGAUUGGGAAGAAUCUGCUGAACAAGAAGGUAUCCAGGGUAAACCUGGAGACGGGCAUCUUCCAGGAGAUCGAUGGAGAGGGGACGAACGCAGACGCGCUCACCCAGCUUGCCAAAAGACUCUCUCGAGAACGCCAACUCAGGAAAGCCACCGUGGCUGCCAAAUGAGAUCCAAGUCUCCACGGUGUCUGUUCCUUCCCGUGUUUUAGAAGCCUUGAAUUGUUUGUGCUAAGGAAGAAUGUAGUUAGUCGUCCGAGCUUCUAAUGGUUAGUUGGUAGAAAGUGAGUAGUCCUCUAUGUGUGGGUUGAUGUGUACUUCUAAUAAGAGGAUUUAUUCGUCCUUAAUUGUUCCUUUAAUUAGACAAAUAUUUUUGUGAUCGUUA